AGGGACAAGAAGGAGGGUGUCUGCAACCCCAAGCAAGGGAGGGGAAAUCACGGGAAGAGAGAAGGGGUGGCUUGGUUGUCUGAAGAGGGGGGUAAAAUAUCUCGCCGACCUCGCAGCGACAAGACGCGCAGCUCCUCCUUUCCAAAACAAGAGGCCAAAUCCUCGCCGCAGCGAUGGGAGUGGAAGGUUGUACCAAGUGCAUCAAAUAUCUGCUGUUUGUCUUCAAUUUUGUCUUCUGGCUGGCAGGAGGGAUCAUUCUUGGUGUCGGGUUAUGGAUUCGUCAUGAUUCACAAACCUCCCUAAUCUUGCAGUCAUCACUAGAAGACCAGCCCGCUCCUAACACAUUCUACAUUGGAAUCUACAUUUUGAUUGCAGUUGGAGCAGUGAUGAUGUUUGUAGGUUUCCUAGGAUGUUAUGGAGCUAUCCAGGAAUCACAGUGCCUUCUGGGAACAUUUUUUACAUGCCUCGUCAUCUUAUUUGCUUGUGAAGUGGCUGCUGGCAUCUGGGGAUUUGUUAAUAAGGAUCAGAUUGCCAAAGAUCUCAAACAGUUUUAUGAUCAAGCAUUGACUCAAUCAAAAGACAAUAAUGAGAACAAAGCAAAAAAGGCAACUGCUGUUGUGAAAACCUUCCAAGAAACACUAAAUUGCUGUGGCAGAGAUUCUGUGUUAUCUUUGGUCACCGGUGAAUGCACUCUAGGAGAAAAUUUACAACUAAGCAGUUGUCACUCUAAAAUUGAUGAGCUGUUCUCUGGAAAGCUGUACUUGAUUGGCAUUGCUGCCAUAGUAGUGGCUGUAAUCAUGAUCUUUGAGAUGAUCCUGAGCAUGGUGCUGUGCUGUGGCAUUAGGAAUAGUUCUGUCUAUUGAGCAGAAGUGGAAGAAGAGUGCAAAGUGGUGGUGCCAGUGUGACCCGAAGUGCCACUGCCUGAUCAGGAGACACUUGUAACAAAGAAAGAAAGAAAAUUAUGUAUAUAACUUUUCAGAUAUUAUUCUACGGAGCAUAUCAUUCUUACUUGGAAGUCUUCUUGUUCAUUUUAAAGGAUGGGGGAAAGGGGAGUUUUCUGUAUAUUUGUGGCAAAAUUAGUUACACUCCAAUUUAUGGGUUAUUAAAAAAAAAGCUAUCCUGCUGGUGGUUCCGGGCUUUUAUUAAAAUAGCAUUUCUCUCCCUCUUCAGCCAUUUUAUCAAGAGGGGAAUUUAAGAAUUUAUUCUUCAAGGGGUUUAUCCUUAUGAGGAACGUGGAAAGUUUUUUGCUUUUUUUGUCCUCUGGUGGAGAUAAAGUAAAAUCUUCCUGUUCCAACUUUUUUGUCUUGAUUAUAAGAACUCUUGGAUUCUUGGACUAAAUGUGUGAGCAUAAAUGUACAAGAGUCCCUGAGCAGAAUUAAACUGUUUUUCUAUUCUGUUGCUAAACAUGCACAUUUGUCAGUAUUUUUUAUAAUAAUAACCCCACCUUCAUUAAAAAAAUAUUUUAACCAAUUUUUGCAUAAAUCUAUUACCUUGAUGUCCAUUAUGUUUUCUGGAGACAAAGCAAGAAUCCAAGUCACAAAUCUUCACAAAAUACUAAUUUACAGAAAGGAAGAGUUAGCCCCCAACCUGGUUUUUAAUUUUGAUAUAAUUCUCUCUCUCUUUUUUUUUUUAGAUGUAGGUCUAAUAACAGAAUAUACACUCUUUCAAUAUCUUAACACCCACAUUGCUUACAUUAUUACUUCCACUGCAAAUAUUGCCUAAGGUUUGCUUGAUAGAUGUGUAGUAUUCUAAUGCCAAACAUAAUUAUUGGGGGGAACCAAUUAAAUAAUUUCUGGAAGCCUGUUCAUUAAAUGUAAUUUGUUGGUUUAUAAGAAAGCAACUAUUCUGUGUCAUUGAAAAGACUUUGAAUAAAGCUAAAUAAUGUUGCUCAAGAUACAUAAAUGGGGGUAUGACCCCAAAAGUAAAACUUUGAACCUGUUUUCCAGUAGGCAACCUGUACAAAUCGUUAUGACAAAGAAAUAUUUUUUAAAAUUGCAUCGUCACAGAGCAAACCUAAGCUUUUCAUACUUGUGUUCUGGCAUCAGACACAAGUAGCCAAAUCACAAGGUUUUUGCAUCAUCACAUGCACCUCAUUGUUUGUCCCAUUCCCUGCAGAUCCCCGUUUCCUCGUCCACACACCAGAAAUAGAACAAGAAAACUAUGAGCUGGGCAGUUUUCCAGAACUCCUAACCUCAUCCAUCAUGUUUCCGUAUAGAUACCUCUUUCAUAUCUAUCCAGCUGAGAGUUUACAAAAUGAUCUUGUCUUUGAUUUGCUUAUGAUUUCUGACCAUUCUUUUCCACUUAUCCAUCCUUAGUUCAAAACUGGAAAUUGUCUUGUUCUUUCCCCAGUUCUGCUAACUGUAUUUUCUGUUAGCUUUCAGAUGUUUGAAAAUUGUAUCAUCUGGGACAAUUGUUGUCCAAUACAUCUGGAAAUUCCCACUCAGGGAAUAUUCACUAUGCCAUAGAAUGGCGAUAUACAUAGUUUUGAUUUUGAAAUACAGAAUUCACUAAUACAGAUAUAAUUUUAUCCUGUUUACCACUUCUUAGUUCCUCAAAUUUAUCUUCCACACUGUUUUCAUGCUGUUCUUGAAGAAAUCAUUUUAAUCUUGGUUUCUUCUGCCGUACCACAUCAGCUGCAGUAGAUUCAGUGUCCUUUAAAAUAGUAGUUAGAACAGAGGAGCUGGAUGUGAACUGAAUCAAUCCACAUUUACCUAAAAGGAAGACAAUUCUAAAGUAAAAAAUACUAGUCUCUUCCCAUUGAAAGAAAGGGGGUGGGGGACUUAAUUGCCUCCUUGACUGUAUUCUUGUUUCUUUUUAAGGUAAAUUAUUUGAAGUAAAAAAAUAGUUUUCCCUUCAGUCAGGCAAAGCAAAUAUAACAAUCUGUAAAUUAGAAUCUCAAGGUACACAAGACAGAUCAGAAAAUGACUCUGUUGAUUAGACAUUUAUUUCUCUCGGUCCCACCACACACUGCCUCUUGUUCUCGCUUUCUGGUGUAGGCAGCAAUCAGAUUCAAUUCCUCCAUAGGGGCUCUUUAAAUAUCUAUCCCAAAU